AUGAUAACGCAUACUCUCAUAAUAAAACCAAUAUUGCCCUUUGGUGGUGCUCGAGUUUUUCAAAAGUCUAUUUGUAAUCGCGGGCACCAUACGUUUUUCACAUCUAGUAGUAGUAACUUGCAAAUCAACAAAAAUCGUCAUUGGAAACAGCUACAGCAGCAAAGGCGAGGGAUCUCAAGUAUAAUAACAACAAAAGCAGAAAAAUUAAAACAAAAAGCAGAAAAAACUAAACAAAAAGCAGAAAAAACUAAUAAAAACACUAAAGAUAAAGCAGAAAACACUAGCAGCAUUAUCAAUAACAUUAACAAUAAUGAUAUAGUACAAGCUGGCGAAAAAAGAAUAAUCAACGAAUUCGGAGUAGAAAUGCUCCCAGACUGGCUAUACAAUCAAAUCUUUCGCCGUGAAGCCCGCCCAAAAAUGUCUGAAGAACGUCUCCAACUAGCCAAAGACCAUCUAAGCAAACAAGGAUUAGCCGACAAGGAAGCUGACGCGUUAAGUCCGUUACAAGAAUUCAAGUUACCCAACUUGUGUGGGAGCACAAUCGCCGAACAUUUUCUAAAGAUUGGCGAGAAACAAACGAGACCUGUUCGUGAAUUGGCGAUUCGGUUCGCAGAGUCGGUGUUGCCAGAUGUACCGAAAAAUUGGGAGUUUAAGGCUGGUUGGACACGGUACACGGGAGAUGGUAAAGAGCCGGAAAGUGUAGAAUAUCCGGACGAGGAACUGUUGUGUUUUGAUGUGGAAACGUUGUUAAGUGAUAGUCCUUUUGCGUUGAUGGCUGUUGCGGCUUCACCAGACGCUUGGUAUGGAUGGGUGUCGCCACAAUUAACCGAAUACGCAGAUAAUAAAAAAAAAGAGUCCAUUAAAAAGUUAUCGAAUCCGGAUGACUCUGUAAAUAGUAUCAGAAAAGGACGCUUAAUUCCUAUUGGCAAAUUACAAAAAAAUCGAAUAGUAGUUGGGCAUAAUGUCGGCUUUGAUCGAGCGCGUAUCAAAGAAGAAUACCAUCUCGAUCCCACGAAUACAUAUUUCUUGGAUACAAUGGCGUUGCAUGUCGCUGUCAGUGGUCUCUGCUCACAACAACGUCCCUCCUGGAUAAAAUAUGACAAAGCAGCCGCCGCCAAUGAUAGCAUAUAUCUGGAGCAGGCGCAAGAUUUUCAAGCAGUCUACGACGUAAGUUCUUUGAAUAAUUUACGGGAUGUCUACAAAUUUCAUUGUUCAGAGAUUUUGGAUAAAUCGGCACGUGAUAUGUUUGUAAGUGGGACAAUGGAAGAGAUUAGUGACUUGGAAAACUUUCCAACACUAAUGAAUUAUUGUGCAACAGAUGUACUUGCUACACACAGGGUCUUCAAAAAAGUGUUACCGCGAUUUUUGCAGACAUGUCCGCAUCCAGUAUCAUUUGCUGGGAUGGUUCACAUGGGAAAUAUGUUUUUGCCGGUGAGUUGUGACUGGGACGAUUACUUGAAAAGUGCAGAAGGUGUUUUCCAAGAACAAACCAGCUCAAUCGAGAAGAAUUUAUGUGAAUUGGCAUGGGCUGCUGUGAAACUAAAACCGGAGGAAGCGAUGAAGGAUCCUUGGCUUCAACAGUUGGAUUGGUCGCUUCCAUCCUUGCGAAGUAGGAAGCUUCCCGAUAAGCCAAAUUGGUAUCGUAAUCUAUAUAACGCACGAACGGGAAAAAUUAAAAUAACGGUUAGAACCCUCAUAGCACCACUAUUGCUUAAACUGAAAUGGCUAAAUUAUCCGUUAUACUUUUCCCAAAAAUAUGGUUGGAUGUAUCGAGUGCCUAAGGAAGAUACUCAGUAUCAAACUAAAGCGAAACAAUGUACAUUUCAGACAAAUCCUGAAGAGCCAGACUAUGAAGAACGGUUUGCUCAAGAUGAAGGAGCGCGAUAUUAUAAAGUACCGCAUAAAGACGGGGAAGCAGCCAGGGUUGUGAAUCCUAUGGCAAAAAAUUUUGUAUCGGCUUUUGAGAAUGGGAUUUUGAGUUCAGAGUAUCCAGAAGCGCGUAAUGCACUCGGUAUGAAUGCUGCAUGUUCUUAUUGGAUAAGUGCGAGAGAGCGUAUACAAUCUCAAAUGGUAGUGUAUCAAGGUCAUCCCGAUAUCAAGGACAUUGGAUUCGAAAUGGACGAUGGAAAACUCCCGGGAAUGAUUUUACCACAGACUCUAACCAUGGGCACUGUAACUCGCCGUGCCGUAGAAAAAACAUGGUUGACUGCAAGCAACGCAAAAGAAAACCGAAUUGGAUCUGAAUUGAAAGCAAUGGUUCAAUCACCUAAAGGCUACAAAAUUGUAGGUGCAGAUGUAGAUUCUGAAGAGUUGUGGAUUUCUAGCUUAAUUGGAGAUGCACAAUUUGGAGCUCACGGAUCAACAGCCUUGGGAUGGAUGACAUUGCAGGGUACAAAGAAAGCUGGUACCGAUCUACAUUCGAAGACUGCGUCAAUUUUAGGGAUUUCUAGAGACAGUGCCAAGGUUUUUAAUUAUGGCCGAAUUUACGGGGCUGGAUUGAAAUUCGCGAUUCAAAUGCUUCGACAAUUCAACGAGAAUAUCGAAGAGGCGGAUGCUCAACAACGAGCUGAGAGUCUGUACAAACAAACAAAAGGCGAAAAAUACUAUGUUAAUAAAGAAGCCAAAACAUUAUGGUAUGGUGGCACUGAGAGUUACAUGUUUAACGGCUUGGAAAGAAUCGCCACGAAUGUCGAGCCAAAAACUCCCGUGUUGAAAUGUGGCAUAACAGACGCGCUGAACUCUAAAGUUGUUAAUCGUAAUUAUAUGACCUCUAGAGUUAAUUGGGUCGUGCAAUCUUCCGGUGUAGAUUAUCUUCAUCUGCUGCUUGUCUCGAUGAAGUACUUGACUGAAAAGUAUGGCAUUUGGACAAGAUUUUUGCUGUCUGUGCAUGAUGAAGUGCGGUUUCUUGUCAAAGAAGAGGAUAGUUAUCGAGCCGCAUUGGCAUUGCAAAUUAGUAAUCUAUGGACUAGAGCUAUUUUCAGUUAUAUGCUUGGAAUCGAGGAUUUACCUUCGUCAAUCGCAUUCUUCUCAGCGGUGGACAUUGAUCAUGUACUUCGAAAAGAAGUAGAAAUGAACUGCAAAACAUUGUCACAUCCCUCAGAAAUUCCUCAAGGUGUAAAUAUCACGAUACAAAACCUCCUAAAAAAACAGAAAACAUUAUAUCGUGAAGACAAUGAACCCGAUAACUACAACAACGAGGACCUAUCAACCUAUGAAAUAUCCAAAAUGCCGAGUUUAUACGCCAAACUUUUAGUGCAACAGCAACCGUCUAAAGAUGAGGUAUUUCUAAAAGCACAAUCAUGCAUGAGUAGCAGCGAAAUUGACCAAGAAUACAAAAAACCGCGGUAUACCGACAAUUCGGAAUCUAAAAAAGGGUAUGGCAAUUAUAGUAAUGAACAAAUGAAUCUGGAAUCAUCGUCAUAUUAUAAUAAUUACAAUCAAGAACAAAGGAAUCUGGAAUCAUCAUCAUAUUAUAAUAAUAUGUCAUAUAAUAAUAUAUUAUAUAAUAAUGAAAUAUCAUAUAAUCAUGAUAACAAUUUAUCCAACCAAAUACAUGCAUCACAAGAAGACAAUGAACAAUAUGGUCUUCAUGAAAACCAAACAGAAUCCGCUUCGAUAGAUUGGGGAUAUACACAAGAGUCGAAUCAACAACUACAUCAACGGUAUAAUCAUAACAAUAGCUCACAGCAACCAGCUUGUGAACGGCAUAAUAAUUAUAUGGUUAGUACAGAUAAUAAUAGUAAUAGUAAUAUUAAUAUGUAUCGAAAAAUUCUGCGGCAACCAAAGUUCAGUAUCGCUACGAAGAAAACGAUGUCAAAUAAAAAUACUAACAACUAUAAUUCACAAAAGUCCAAUCUUAUAUAUCCUCAAAAUAAUAUAACCAGCAGCCGUUCAAUAAUAAAUCAAGAUGAUUCACCUUCAUCAUUAGACGUCCUACAUAUAACUUCUACUUGUAAGUAUAAGAGAAUCACAGGUAAACGAUUGGCAAAGGUCACGGGAACGGGCGAAUUAGCACAACUCAAACCAUUAUCAGCCUCGAAACCAAAAAAGUUUCUUGGAAAGAAUCUUAACUUUCAGUAUUCAGAGUGA